UCUUGAGCACAACGUCUCCAGCAGCUUGUACAACGCCUCCAGCAGCUGCACCUCUGUUCCUGCCCCUGCCGCUCCUUCCCACUCUGGCCAGCCAGGCAGCCAGGGUAUUUGUAUGCCUUCACCAGGACCCGGGCUGGGAACUGAUCCAGCUGAAAAAUGAACUUCUGUACCCACCUCAUUUACAAAGAGCAGCGUCGAUCCAACGCGGGGCAACGCAGGAGCUGAACAAGGGACAGAGAUGGGCUGCUGCAGCCAGGGCCAGAGCAAAGCCUGUAUGUGUCCAGCUGCUCCUUGCUGCUGCUCCCAAAAUGACACAAGUCACAGGUUGUGACCUCCAGAAGCUCAUACGCCUUUUGCUUCAGCUAUUACCGUGCUAACCUGCUGCCCUAACUACUACAAACAAGAGCCGUUUGGGACUAUUUAGGUGCUUGAUUUUUCUGGUUCUUGAAUGGGAAAAAAAAGCAACGGAAGUUCCUGAGAUGAAGGGUGGAUCUCUACUGUGAAGGAGGAAACGUUUGUCGAUACUGUAUAUCACUUGAACAUAAAGCUCUACAGAGACUCCAAGCACAGAAGCAUUUGCUUCUUCACUGGGAGAGCCUGUAUGAAGACCUGUGUGGACGGUACUGUAAGUUGCAUCUGCAGAGCCACAGAAUGGCAAUGCGGGCAAUCAAGCCAAGUCAGAAAGCUGCACCAGGGAGAAAUGAGUGGCCCUGAGGCUCAAUAACUGAGCAGCACCCGCACAGUGGAAUGAAUUGAGCAUCCUGAAAUGGAUCAAAUGACUGUCCUUCUGAGACAGCAAAACAGAAGGUACACACAGCACAGAUGCCAGCCUUCUCCAAGGAAUAACCUCUUCAUCCCCAAGUGACACCAGCUCCUUUUAAUACCAUGGGGCCAGAAAGUAGUUUAUUAGGCAGUGGACAGGUCCAUGUCAUCCUGUGGGGAAGUCUGGCAGCCAUGACAACACUCUUCUUCCUCACCUUCCUCAUCUUCCUCUGCUCCAGCUGCAACAGGGAAAAGAGGGACAAACAUCAGAAUGGAGAUCAUGAAAAUCUGAUGAAUGUGCCUUCUGAUAAGGAGGUGUUCAGCCACUCAAUCACAAGUUCGGCUACAGAGCCCCCUCCAAGCAGUGACCAGAACGGAGCACUCAGCAAUGGGGAGGUACUCUCGGAGGACAGUACAACCGCCUGUAUCCAGCCUUAUGAAGAAGUACAAACAUCCGUCUCUGAUCUGCUAGAUCAGCAGGACAGUCUUGGAAAGUCUAUAAAAUGUCACCAGAGCCGGGAACUACCCAGUAUUCCCCCUAACAAUACCAUGGAAACAAUCAUCUCGGCUAGAAAUGCAGAAAAUGAUCAAGCUCUUGGAAUGGAAGGGCCUUAUGAAGUCUUGAAAGACAGCUCUUCUCAGGAGAACAUAGUUGAAGACUGCUUGUAUGAAACUGUGAAGGAAAUUAAAGACGUUGGAGCAGUAGCCAGCAUGGAAGGGAGCUGUGACAGCAAAUCAAAGGCUUUGCUAACAGCUUCUGAAGGUCAGGAUCAGAUUCCUGAGUGCAGAAUUGAGUCAGCAGAAUAUGCAUCUGUUGACCGAAAUAAAAAAAGUCGCCAAAGUGCUAAUUCAGAAAGCCCUCUUGACAACACACCAGAUGUAGACGAUGAGCUUCCCCCUCCGGUACCAAUGAAACUUCUUGAUGAAAAUGAGAAUGUGCAAGAAAAAGAAGUGGAAGAAGAAGUGACAGAAGGAGCAAGUAAACCAGAGAAGAGGCUUAGUUCAAUGUCUUACAAGUCUCGAGAGGAAGAUCCAUCUCUUACAGAAGAGGAGAUCUCAGCCAUGUACUCAUCAGUGAGUAAGCCAGGACAGGCCAUCAAGACACUGGAUUCUCCUUACACCUGUAUUCAAGAAAUUGCAUCUCAGAGGUCCCCAUCGGUUUGCAGUGGCCUCUAUGUAAGUGUGAAGGACUUUGAAAGCACCCUAAAUACUACCACUGUGCCUCAGUUAGUGGACAGACCAAACGGGGAGCUGGAGCCUGACUAUGAAGCUAUCCAGUCAGUGAGCCAAGAAGAAGACAGGACCUUGUCUGUGCCUAACGCAAACCACACUGUUCUUUCGGGCGAGAAUGACUAUGAGAGUAUAGGGGACUUGCAGCACCACAGGGAUUUCACCAGACUUUAACUACUCCAGCAGCCAGACUUCAGCAUCUAUAUGAUCCACUUGUAUUUUCAAGGAAACAUGUGAAACAUGGAGAGGGAAGUGCUCCUGUUUUUAAGGAACAAAGCUAAGUAGAGAACAGAAGUUGUGAAGAAGCAACAUACAUGUCAGCCAGGGUGUGAUACUUGUUAGGUUAUCCUGGGUAGAGGAUGGACACUCAUGGGAAAGGGUAUGUCCAGUUGGGAUGACAACCAGAGCAACGUAAAGGCUUCUUUUUUGUUAGCUCCACAACAACCAGAAUUUGUGAAGGAAUGCCGUGCUUGUCAUCCUGAUAGGAUUAAAUACCAAAAAGACUGCCUGUACUCAAAGGUGGCUUUUCUUUUUAAAACAUCAUUUUAUGUCAGUUGCUUUAAAGUGUUUUUCAAGCAUUGUUUUUCAUUCAAGUUCAGGCGUCCACUUCAUUGAGCAAAUCACGGAUCAUUGUAUUUCAACUCAGACUUACUUUGUAUGUCUGGGCAUAGUGUUCUCACUUCUGUGUCAUUUGGGGAACUCUGGCCAUGCAAACAUUGUAACAAAGUGCAAACAACACUUCACACGGGACCUAUUCCAAAUGCACUUGAAUUAAUUCUGUCAGCUUUUUUUUUCUUUUUUUAAUGUCAAGGGCUGUAGAAUGUGACUUGCAAGAUUUGAAAUGUGCACUGGUGUUUGUCGGGGGGGUGUUUGAUUAUUUGUGAAAUACUGCUUUAAAAUGGCAAGUGACGCCCUUAGCGUUCUUGCUCCAUUCCCCUCACGUGCACACAUAUAACUGUGCAUAUACACACACCAGACAAUUGUCAUGUUGAAAAAAGUUGUGCAAAUGGAUGCGUUGGUGUAAUGUUUAGUCUAACCUUAAUAGUGUUCAGUCAUCUUUUAAAGAAUUUUGCCCUUUUUUAAGACAAAGUAUUUUAAUAUGUUUGUCUAGUUUAUUAUAUAGGAACAUUUAUGUACUGUGUUGAAUGGAUAUUUUUUUUAUUUUUACAACAUACUUUUCAUUUUCAAAGUUUUUGUAGAUGAACUUUCUGUUUAUGUAACAGGAGGAAUCCUAUUCUUUGAUUGGACUUUACUUGGUUUUCCUUUAUUUUUUUUCCCAUUUUAGAAGUAUUUAAAUGAAUAAUUGGAGAUUUUUUUUGUUCUUCUUGAGCAGGGAUGUGGAACAUGCCCCGCUGUGUUUUUAAGCUCAAAAUAACAGAGUCUGUGUAAACAAUGCCAAAGGGCAAAAGAAAGGCAGAGAGAGAGUGGGAUUUAGUCUGGGAUAGCCACUGGUCCUCCUGGUUCCUCUGCUAAAAGGCGCCUGGGGUGGGGGGACCAACCAAGAACUUCUUGGGGCUCUGAUAAGUGGUUGAAAGCCACCAUCUUUCAAAGAUAUUAAGUUAUUCUGUUACUGUUUAAAACAAAGUACAGUGAAAUAAGUAGGUACUGGGUUGAAAUGUUUGAUUUCUUCAAAAGUAUGCAAUGAAUAGUACAAUAAUACAAGAACAGUCAAACAGUAGAGAACUGGCAUUGUGCGAUAUGCAUUUGUACAUGGUUAUGUGUACACGUGCAUAUAUCCCCAUGUUAAUAAGCAUACAUAUGUAAUUUGGACACAAGCAUAAAUUAUGGUCCAAACCAGGUAGCACUCAAAUGGCAUUCACAUACAUAAUAUUUGGCAUGCACUUGAACACUAGUUUUAUUUUCAGUUCAAAAUAAUCAGUACAUAAACCUGAGUUGGCUUAUUCCAUAAGCUUAGAAUGGGUUUACUUUCAGCUCAGGUGGUACUGGGCUUUGAUAUAUUAGAUUGAGUCCUUCUCACAUCACUGUCCAGUGCUCAACAUUCCUUGGUACUAUAAAGCACAAACACGGAUCUACUUACAUUUAUUAGAAAUAACUUCAUAACUGAAAGAGGUGACUACUUUGUGGGCUUUACCUGUGAGUAGUACAACCCUGUGGAGCAAUGCAAGCCCGCAGUCAGACUGCCUGCAGGGUGGUUCAAACUUCAAGGAUCCUGACCUCAUGCAACAGAGCAGUACACUUCAUCCAUGACACUCUUCCUUUGAGGAGAAGCAGUUCAGACCAUCCAACAUCUUGUUCUUGACCAUGCUGCCAUGUUUCCACAGCUGCAUUUGCUUCCACUGCAUAGCGGUGCUUUUUAAAGCUGACUUCAGUCUUCCUUACUGGAGUCUUUCUCUCAAAAAAAAGCUUCUGAUUCUGUUCCCUUGAAGGUGAAUUCAUGAAGUUCACCUUUGACUGUUCUGUCCUUCUACUUCAUACUGUUUAAGGCCAAAGAUAAGAUGCACCACAUUUCAGAAGAUCCCUUGUGCUAAAUCUGGAGAGUUUCUGCAGUCUUUAACUAGGUGUUUGCUGUAUGUUCCUUGCUCAGGGGUACGGGUUUAUGUAUGUAGUCCUCAGUCUGAAUCCUGCAACAUAAUGUCAGGCAUACCCCAACUCCUGGAAUUCCCAAAUACUUCUCAAGAUAUAGUUAUCCUUCAAGGACUGUCUUACUCAUUACAUGGAAAACUGCUUUCGGAGAAACAGUAGCAACAUGAGGUUUGUCAGAUUCACCAGGUGCAAUUUCAAAACCAAUUUAAAGAUGAAAGAUAAUGCCAGUUAGUGGUGGCAAAGAAUAAAACUGAACUCUUGAUUGCAAAAUUUCAAGGUGCAAAAGGAGAAAAUCAAACCUCACCGUAGAAGCUCUCCCAUCAAGAUUAGCAAGUCAAAGGAAGGAGGAGGGCUGCCCAGUCACUCUCUGUAGUCUUUCAGAGCAGAAUCAAGAGUGUUGGUUUGGAGGAAGGGAUGUGAGACUCAGCUCCUUCCUUCCUUCCUUCCUUCCUGCUGCUCCUUGAGACCCCCAGACUUUCCUUUUCCACAGUGAAAUCCCUCCCCCUCUCUUUUUCCUUUUGUUUCUAUUUUUAACCUGCCUCAUACAGCUUUGCACUGGGAGCUAGUACUGAGUAUGCAGUCCUGUUGUGCUGGCACAUUCAAAUGUGUCAAAUGACUCUCAGGUUCAUCACAACUUUUUCACAGUCCUCCAGACCCUCAGCCUGGUGGGGAAGGAGCUCAGAUGAUGGAUUGCUGCUUGCAGCAUGUGAAUCUGCCCUCAGCCACUGAGAACCCCUCACACUGGAGUCUUGAAGCUGCAAAAAGGAAUUACUCUCCUGAACAAGGAUGCAUGAAGGAGUCCAGAACUCCCCUAAAAUCUCUGUUAUAUAGUCUAAUGUCAAAGAAAAAGUGUUUUAGAAUUCAGUCCAAGGUUCUUACAUGAAUAAUUACAUCUCUUGACAAAGAAUCAAGGUUCUGUUUCAGUUCCCUCCUUUCAUGAGUAAGAUCUGUUUCUUUACGGCUGUUGCCAGUGCUUCUUUCUCCCUAAUGUAAUGCAUGGAAAGGUUUUUCCAACAGUAAUCCCCAAGCAGAUUAAUCUGACUGGACAGAAAAGGGACUCUCUUUUACUUGUUUCUUCAUUGCUGUGUUUUUCUCUUUCACCGUAUCCCUAAAUAAAAUGUCAACAUCCCAAAUGAAGAGUUUGUUACCUGGUGAUCUUUUCUGUGGCAGCUUUAGAGUCUAUGUCUGCCUGCAUCUUUUGGCACAACUUUCACCUCUUUCCACCAUGAUGAGUGCAGAAUUGCUUCCUCAGUCACAGGGAGAAAUAGAUUCUUCAUAGGUAUCUAUAGCACAGAUGUGUACCUAAUUACCAUGGUUAGAUCAGUUAUAGUGCCUUUUUUACUAUGUAGCUAGUACUUCCAUACUAUUUGCCAUACUGUGUUUAAGUCAAAAGUACAAAGGGACAGCUCCAAUGUUUACUUGUCUAAGUUGGAAACAGCUUUAUAGAGACACAUUAAAUGUAGUGGACCUCAAUUAGCCCUACAAUAGCAAUAGUCUCUCACAAACUUCCUCUAAAAAGCCCAGUAAUGUAGCCACAAUGACUAAUCUGCAAUAAGAAUUAUCAAUCUUAUUUUGAAGAACCUAAGUUUUUCAACAGUGAGCAUUCAGGGAGGUGGUGGUCUUUGUCCACACAGACUGUGAACAGUUAGUUGUUUCAGUCUUUUUACUCAUACCAAUGUCAGGCUUGCUUACAUAUAGCAGGAUUCGUGGGGUGAGGGAUGAGUUCAAUGCAGGGAUUUAUAUUGAUGAGUCACCCAAAUCUGAAGCAUCCCCACAGAAGCAACUGACUGAGGACCAGCUGGCUUGAUCUCUAAGCCCUCGUCUAUCGUGCCUUCAGGGAAUCCGUCUUACAGGGAUUCUUCUGGGCCACGUGCUUCUCCAUGGCUCUGUGAACAGCUCCCGUCUGCUGUCUCAAUCACAGUUUUAUAUAUCCGGUGCUCUCUGUUCAGCCUUUCUAUGGUGCUUUUAUAAGAUGCUGGAUAAAUUGUUUCAAUGUGCUUUCCCAAAGCUGAUGUGUGAAGUUGUGACACAGAGCACUCUCUCUAGCACUGUCUACUUCCCAGAACUUAGCAUCAACUGUGUAACUGUGUUACAAGAGGCUGACAGUGCUUCCCUGUCUCUUGUCCAUCCCACACACAACUCAAAUGGAAUUAUCAUGCAUAACAAGCCCAGGUUGGGCCACAGGUGUUUAAAAGCAGCCAUUCAAGCCAAGGCAGUUGGAGACACUCAUCUGUGUAGUGUGGAACUGGAAACGUCAUAGAGCCCAGCUCAAGGAUUUUCCUCUAUUAUUUGUUGUGCAUAUACAUUUGUUUGCAAUACGUAUCUAUGAAAUCUUUCUUCUACAACAAACAUUUUAAUUUGGGCCAAACUCCAAUGAGGGAUUUUUGCUCUCCAGUGAAUUACCAGUUAUAUCAGAGAAGUGUUAUUUAUUUACAUUGUAACCUGGCUGAAUAAGGCUGAUACAUGCCUCAAAAGGAACUUAGUGUAUGUAGUCUAUGGUAAAACAGGAGACUGCAGAAAGACACUCAGUCUGACAGAUGCUCCUGUGGUUGUUGUGCUGAAGACUUUCAAGGGAAGGGCUCUUCCUGGGAGCAGGGAGUGUAACUGCUAUUAAUAUGAUUUCAUAACCUGGUGGUGAAGUUGAUUUGUAGCAUUACUUUUGGGAUGGUCAUGGCUGAAGACAUUGCCAGAGCAGAUUUCAGCCUCAAAAAAAUAUUAUUUUUAUAUCCCAUGCUAGCUAGCAACUUAUAUUGAGCAUUACACUAAAGAUAAAUGCUAUGGAUGGCGCAUCACAGAGAUAAAACCAAAGGAUCCUCUUUCUUCAGAGAGAUAAAACACCCUUUGGUUGGGUCAUUAUUAAAGAUUCCAGGCUUACAAAAAAGUGCUAAACAACAAAAGUAUUACACAAAUUCAUUGCCUAAGUGGUAAUUUUCUGGGAGCGCAUUAGGGUAUCACAUACAGUAGGCAAUGUUCUUUGCCUACAGACAACAGAAAGAUGAAAGGUUAUUUCUAAUGAAAGGUUCCUUUAGGUUACAUGGAAGCCAAAGGUCAGCAAGAGUGUCUACACAAUGUAGAUAUAUUUAAGCUAACUCUAUAUGAUCCAGCUCAGGUGUUAUAAGCAGAAUCACUAGAACAAUUUAAUGCUCUACCCAAUCUGAUCUGCUCUCAUAACUAGCUCCAGCAUCAGCUCCAUAGCAAAUUCAUGGAUUGUAUUUGUAUUAGGUACCCAUUGGCCUGUGCCCAGUCUAUAGACACCAAUCUAUAAAACUUCCAGUUCUGGGGUUUUUUUUUUCAAAAAAACCCAGAACCUCAAUAUGUGAGGUUUUGGUUUUGGAGGUCUUCAGUUUCAAACUAGCCAGAAGGACAGUCACUAUAAACAUUUGCCUAAAAAGUGCCUAAAAAGAAAGACGUUUCUGUAAAGGCAGAGUUGUUCACUGUUACUGCACAGCAACUUGUCUGUUGUAUGUGGUACUCUCUUGCAAUACAUAUUCCUAAGUAUUUGCUCUCAUUUUUGAUGUUCAUUUAUUGUUACAAUAGCACAGUCUGACAAGGUUUCUAUUUCUGCAAAUUUGUUGUCUGAUUUUAAUUAGCAUAUGUUUGUUACAGAAAAUAUAAAACAAGAUUCUUCAUUCAGUUUAGAGGGCAGCUCUAUUAUUUCUUAUAGUUUAUGACAAUGCAACAACCUGCUUACAUGAUUUACAAAGUAUGUAAGUAUCAGUUGAUUUCAAAAUGCUUAAUUUGAGAUUUCCUCAUGAGAAUGCCUCCCAUUCCAUACAGGACAAUGUUACUGAAUCUUGUCAUUUUAAUCUUGUAGUAUUGGGGAGGGGGUUUUAAACCGUACAAAUCUUAUUAUUAAAAAAAAAAAGAAAAAUCCAGUGCUGAAGUUUUGACUUCCUAUAAAGUCAAAACAAAGAGACUCUCCUAUUUUAACUUUCAGCCAUCUAUUUAUGGAACUGCUCCUCCCUGCCAGGUUCAGCCGUCACCAUCUGAGUAUCUCUUUUGUCCUUGAUGAAAUACAGCAGCUGUCCAGAGGCCACAGAAAUGGCAUCACAUAAUACUUC